AGAAUAAUACUAGUAGUAUUGGUAUUAUUGGGGAAGAAGGAAGAGAUCGAGUCGAGCGAUGAUGGAUCAUCCCAAGCCAUGGAACCCCAACUACGGCGUCGUCGGCAGCGGCGACCGCCGCCUCGCCUUCUCCCGCCAGCUCUCCUCCUCCUCCUCCACGCCUCGCCUCGCCCGCUCCGACUCUUCCAUCUCCAUGCCCCCGCCCCUCGCCCCGCCCGGAACCACCUUCCGCUGGCUCACCACCCGCCCCAUGCGCCGCCUCGCCCUCCUCAUCGCCCUCAACGUCGCCUACUCCGCCACCGAGCUCGCCAUCGGCCUACUCACCGGCCGCGUUGGCCUAGUCUCCGAUGCUUUCCAUCUCACCUUUGGAUGCGGUCUCCUCACUUUCUCCUUGUUUGCCAUGGCUGCCUCUCGAACCAAGCCCGAUAGUCUCUACACCUACGGCUAUAAAAGAUUGGAGGUCCUUGCUGCCUUUACAAAUGCUCUGUUCCUAUUGUUCCUGUCUUUCUCCCUGGCUGUUGAAGCACUACAUGCAUUUAUGCAAGAUGAAUCUGAGCAUAAGCAUUAUCUCAUUGUCUCCGCUGUCACAAACCUUUUGGUUAAUUUACUUGGUGUUUGGUUCUUUCGGAGCUAUGCUCGUGUUAACAUAGUUUACAGGAAACCAGAGGAUAUGAAUUAUCACUCUGUCUGUUUGCAUGUUCUUGCAGAUUCCAUACGGAGUGCAGGACUGAUACUAGCUUCCUGGUUUCUUACAUUGGGGGUCGAAAAUGCAGAAGUGUUGUGCCUGGGAAUUGUUUCGGUGGCAGUGUUCAUGCUUGUUUUGCCACUCUUUAAGGCUACUGGUAAUAUACUGCUGCAAAUUGCGCCAGGCAAUAUGCCACCUUCAGCACUUAUGAAGUACUGCAGACAGAUAAGUGCUUGCGAAGAUGUUUCUGAAGUAUGUCAAGGUCGAUUUUGGGAGCUUGUACCUGGUCACGCUGUUGGUUCUCUCGCCAUUCGGGUGAAGAGUGGUGGUAAUUGCCAGACUGUGCUCGACUACGUACAUGGAUUAUAUCAAGAUUUAGGCAUACAAGACCUGACCGUCCAAACUGAUGAAUCGGGCAUCAUUUAGGGUAGAAAGGAGUCGUUGGAACUAGAAGUAGAUCAAACUCUCCAUAUUCCUGGCUCUGUUUGAUUAAUACGGUAUAAUAUAUUGCUUGCACACAGUUGCUAUUAAAGUUCGAACUCGGUUAUAAGCUAUGGUGUUGUGACUCAUUUAGCGAUGGCAUCAUGGAUGAAAUUUGUUGACGAUUCUCAUUCCUCUAUAGUCUAUACAAGCUGUUGGUAUUUAAUAAUGCUGGGCUAUGAGGAUAUUUUCCCCGUAUCAUGAUUGUGUCCCGAUCAAAUAUCAAUCAA